AUGGUCUUGUUAGGAUCAUUUAAAGAAGAUGAAGAAUACGAUGUUAUUGUUUUAGGUACUGGUUUAACUGAAUGUAUCUUGUCAGGCCUUUUAUCAGUUGAUGGUAAAAAGGUCCUUCAUAUGGACCGUAACGAAUAUUACGGUGCCGAAUCUGCUUCUUUAAACUUAACUCAGUUCUUUAACAAGUUCAGACCUGGUCAAACACCUCCUGAAGCUUUGGGCCGUGAUCGUGACUGGAACAUUGACUUGAUUCCCAAAUUCAUGAUGGCCAACGGUGAGAUUGUCCGCUUCUUGACUCACACAGACGUCACUCGUUACUUGGAAUUCAAGCAAAUUGCAGGUUCUUAUGUUUAUAGUGGAGGUAAAGUAAGCAAAGUGCCUGCUAAUGGUGCUGAGGCCUUGUCCAGUCCUUUGAUGGGCAUUUUCGAAAAGCGUCGCAUGAAGAACUUCUUGCUUUGGGCCGAAUCCUACAAGGAUCAAGAUCCUUCUACACACCAAGGUCUUGAUAUUGAUCGCGUCACAGUUGCUGAUGUGUUCAAGAAGUUUGGGUUGGCUGCUGGUACACAAGAAUUCAUUGGCCAUGCUAUGGCUCUUCACUUGGAUGACAGUUACUUGAGCCAACCUGCUCGUGAUACUGUUGAAAAGGUUAGACUAUAUGCUGCCUCAGUUCUUCGUUAUGGUAAGUCUCCUUAUAUCUAUCCUUUGUAUGGUCUUGGUGAUUUGCCCCAAGCCUUUGCCAGACUUUCUGCUGUCUAUGGUGGUACAUAUAUGUUGAACACAGAUGCCAAAGAAUUGAUCUAUAAUGAACAAGGUCAAGUCAUUGGUGUCAAGGCUGGUGAAGACACUGUACGUGCCAAGAUGGUUAUUUGUGAUCCCUCUUAUGCACCAUUGAAUGUCAAGAAGGUUGGCUCUGUUGUUCGUGCCAUCUGUCUCUUGACACACCCCAUCCCUAGUACCAAUGACAGUGAUUCUUGUCAAAUUGUGAUCCCUCAAAGCCAAGUUGGCCGUAAACACGAUAUUUACAUUGCCUGUGUCAGUGAUGCCCAUAUGGUCUGUCCCAAGGGCUACUAUUUGGCUAUUGUCUCUACCAUUGUUGAGACAUCCAACCCCGCUGACGAAAUCAAGGAAGGAUUAAAACUCUUGGGUCCUAUUCAAGAAACGUUUGUCUCUGAAUCUCCUUUGGAAGUGCCUAUUGAAGAUGGUAAACAAGACAAGGUGUUUAUUUCUCGUUCUUAUGAUGCCACAUCUCACUUUGAAACUGUCUGUGAAGAUGUUCAUGAUAUUUGGCGCCGUAUUACUGGUGAACCUUUGGUUCUUAAGAAACGAGAAGAUCAAGAAGAAGUGAAUGCUGCUUAA